AUGGUUAAGACAAUUCAAUUGUAUGGAUUUUCCUCCAGCGAGUCUCCAGCAGCAGUGACAGAAUUUCUGGAGGCAUAUACUGGAAAAGGAACUGUUCAUGCUAUAAAUGUUCUUCCUCCCAAAGAUGGAAAAUCAAGAACACUUGCCAUAGUUCAGUUCACAGAUGCAAAAUUUGCUGGUAUCAUAAUUCCAUUAGCCGAUGCUCGAAGCCUGUGGUACAAUAAAUCUUAUCUGAAAGCUAGAAAAGCGAAGUUUGACAUGGUGCCCAACUCAGAAAUCUUUGAGCACUGCACGGAACUUGUACAACUUCACUUGGGAUGCCAGAUUUCUGAGGAACAGUUUUCUGUGCUUUGGGCAAGAUCGGAUGUUUUGGUGAAAUUUGGGGUGGGACUUAAGAACAUCUACUUGUUCUUCUCUUAUGAUUCGGUUGAUUACAAGCUUGAGAUCACCUCUGAAAAUGUUAGCCAGAUUGAGCUAUAUCAUCCACGCGGUCAACUUACAAAGUUUCUUAUCAUCCAGUUAAUUGGUGCUCCUCUGAUUUUUAAGAAAGCUUCCAGAAGGCAGUGGGUUCGAGGAGUUGAUUUCACUCCUACAUGCUACAUUGGGCAAUCUUCUGCUGUAUGUUUGGAGCUUCCACCAAGUUGUGAGCUUCCGAAUCUAUGCAGUAGUUUUGUUCAUUAUAAAGAAAACGAAGGACCGUUCGUUCUGGAGAGAGCUACAAAAUUGAAGCUUCAAAUCUUUGAGCAUAGCAUGGAACUUGUCAAGCUGCACUUGGGAUGCCUGAUUUCUGAGGGACAGUUUUCUGUGCUUUGGACAGCAUUGGAUGUUUCAGUGAAAUUCGGGAAGGAAUUUAAAAAUAUCUACUUAUUGUUAUCUCUUGAUGCUGUUGAAUACAAGCUCGAGAUCUCCUCUGAAAGUAUUCGCCAGAUUGAGUUACAUCAUCCACGUGGCGAACUUCCAAACUUUCUUCUAAUCCAGUUACUUGGUGCCCCUCGGAUUUUCAAGAAAGCUUCUCAAAAUGGCUGGGUUCGAGAAGUUGAUUUCACUCCUUCACGCUGCAUUGGGCAAUCUUCUGCUGUAUGUUUGGAGCUUCCACCUACUUGUGAGCUUCCAAAUCUACGCAAGAGUUUUGCUCAUUAUAAAGAAAAUGAAGGGCGGUUGGUUCCGAAGAGCGGCAACACUUUCUCCUGUACUUCAGAUCUGGUUCCUAUCGUGGGUCCACCCUUUGGCAUUAACUUGCCAUACAAAAUCCUUUUUAAGAUCAAUUCCUUGGUUCAGCAUGGAUGUGUUCCUGGGCAAGCACUUGAUGUCAAUUUUUAUGAGCUAGUGGAUCCUAGCAUAAUAAAAACUGAAUAUAUAGAGUGUGCCCUGGACAAGCUGUUUCGGUUAAAAGGGUGCUGCUAUGAGCCUGUGAGUUGGCUUACUGAGCGGUACAAAGAGUACAUGGCAUGCAAGCGAAUUCCUCAGUCACCAGCUAUUUCUUUAGAUGAUGGGAUGGUGUAUGUGCACAGAGUUCAAGUAACACCAUCUAAAGUUUACUUCUGUGGUCCAGAGGCAAAUAUAUCCAAUCGUGUUUUACGAAAUUAUCCUGAAGAUGUUGAUAAUUUCCUUCGUGUUUCUUUCGUGGAUGAGGACAUGAGUAAGAUGCGUUCAGGAGAUUUAUGUCCACGGACAAAUUCUACAACUUCUACAGAAGAGGAAAGGAGAACUGGAGUUUAUGAAAGAAUACUUUCUACUCUAAGAAAUGGCAUAGUCAUUGGUGAAAAGAAGUUUGAGUUUCUUGCCCAUUCGUCGAGUCAAUUACGAGAGCAUUCGGUGUGGAUGUUUGCAUCUAGAAGUGAGUUGACUGCACAAGACAUCAGAAAUUGGAUGGGUGAUUUUAGUGACAUAAAAAAUGCAGCAAAACAUGCUGCCAGGUUGGGUCAGGCUUUCAGCUCUUCAAGGGAGACUUUUGAUGUUGGUGAGGAUGAAAUUGAAUUCAUUCCUGAUGUAAAAACAGAAAGAGGUGGAGUUAAAUAUUGUUUUUCUGAUGGAAUUGGGAAGAUAUCUGAGGAGUUUGCUGGAAGAGUGACAAGCAAGUGCGGCAAAAGUACUACUCCAUCUGCCUUUCAAAUUCGACUUGGUGGCUAUAAAGGUGUUGUGGCAGUUGAUCCUACAUUGUCAAAGAAGUUGGCACUGCGAGAUAGCAUGUGCAAGUACCAAUCCAACAACACAAAACUAGAUGUUCUGGCAUGGAGCAGGUACCAACCUUGUUUCCUUAAUCGUCAACUGAUCACCCUUUUGUCCACCCUCGGAGUCCCCGAUCAUGUUUUCAUGAAAAAGCAAAACGAGGCUUUGAAACAAUUGGAAGGUGUUUUGACUGACCCAUCAAGAGCACUGGAAGCACUUGAAAUGAUAUUCCAAGGAGAGGUCACCAACGUUUUAAAGGAAAUGCUUGCGUGUGGUUACGAGCCAGAUGCAGAACCAUUUAUGUCAUUGAUGCUACAAGCAUUCUGUGCAUCCAAGCUUGUGGAGUUGCGGACCAAGACGAGGAUAUUUGUUCCAAAUGGAAGAUCCUUGAUGGGAUGCCUAGAUGAAACCGGGACAUUGGAAUAUGGUGAGGUAUUUGUGCAGUGUUCUCGACGUGCCGUCUUCGGUGGCAAUAGCAAUAGCAGCGCUACUUCAAGCGAAGACAAUUUCAUUGUUGAGGAAAACGUAGUGGUUGCUAAAAACCCCUGUUUACAUCCAGGAGAUGUUCGUGUUCUUAGGGCUGUGAACGUGCCGGCCUUGCACCACAUGGUGGAUUGUGUAGUCUUCCCUCAAAAAGGAAACCGGCCUCAUCCGAAUGAAUGCUCUGGAAGUGACUUGGACGGAGAUUGUUACUUUGUCAGUUGGGACCCUGAUCUAAUUCCUCCUUGGCAAGUUCGACCUAUGAAUUAUACCCCAGCACCAACUAUUGAAUUGGAUCAUGAUGUGACAAUGGAGGAGGUUACAGAGUCAUUUACCAACUACAUAGUGAACGACAACUUGGGGAUCAUUUGUAAUGCACAUACUGUCUUUGCAGACACAGAGCGACAGAAGGCUACCAGUGCUCCAUGUAUCAAGCUCGCCGAGCUCAGCUCGCAUGCUGUUGACUCUCCGAAAACUGGUGUGGUAGUGGAAGUGCCACGCUGUCUACGUAUCCACAAAUACCCAGAUUUCAUGGAGAAGGUUGACAAACCCACCUACGAGUCAAAACGUGUUAUUGGGAGGCUUUUCCGACAGGUGAAACAUGUUGAGCUUGCAUCAGAUUCACCUUCAAACUCAGGCUUAAUUAAAUCCUUCACCAUGGAAGUUGCUAUGAAGUUUUAUGACCCUGAUAUGGUGGUAGAUGGAUUUGAAGACUACGUCAAAGAUGCCAUCAAUUACAAAAAUGAGUAUGACUACAAGCUGGGAAACCUGAUGGAUUACUACGGCUACAAAACUGAAGCCGAAAUACUAAGUGGGAGCAUCACUGCAGUAUCAAAAAAUUUCAACAGGGGAAAAGACUUGGAGUCGAUUCAUUACGCUAUAAAGGCACUGAGAAAGGAAGCUAGGACCUGGUUUGAUGAGAAGCUGGGAAUGCAGUCGGAUAUGAAGCCUGAUAUCAAUGAUGUAGAAUCAGCAAAAGCAUCAGCUUGGUACCAUGUUACAUAUUAUCCUGAUUACUGGGGUCGCUGCAACAAGGGAAUGGAAAGAGAUCAUUUCCUGAGCUUUCCAUGGUGUGUGUUUGACAAGCUCAUCCAGAUCAAGAGGAGAAACUCUUCACUUAAGUAA